AUGCAGUUGCACCAGUUGCACGUCAGCCUCAGCUUACAUUUGGCUUAGUGGUUUUAAAACACAAAAGAAAGGAGAGGAAAACAAAGAAUAAUGUAAUGGAGGCGACAGACGAAGAAUAAUGUAAUGGAGGCGACAGACGAACAUCUAUUGAAGUUAAGUUUUUAAGUCAUUCAAAUAAACUGCAGCUGUACUUCUGAGCUAUGAUAUAAGAAGAAACAAACUACAAUGGAGAAAAACAUACCAAUAGAAUGGUCAGUUGGUGACUGUAUUUGGGCCAAAUUUUCUGGAUACCCCUGGUGGCCAUGUAUGGUUACAAAAGAGGAACAAAGCAAUGAUUACACCAAGAUCCAUGGUAGAUUUAGAAUGUACCAUGUACAGUAUUUUGGUGAUGGCUUUGAAACAGGUUGGGUGUACAGUAGCUCCACACUGAAGUUUGAAAGAAUUAGCGCAUUAAAGCAACAUUCAAAGGACAUGGUGAAAUUUACAAGAUUAUUUGACGCAUUGUUUAAGAUCCCUUCACAUUUGAAAACAGCUUUGAAAAUUGCUAUUCAGGAAGGGGAAAUGUCCCUUCAGUUAUGCACCAGUGCACGAUUACUUAAGUAUGGCUUAACCUAUGAACCUAUGCAAGAUUUCAGUGAGAAUAUAAAAACUGAAAUUGACAGAGAAUCACGGUGUGUCAAGGAUAAACAGAGUACAUGUAUAAGGAAAAGGAAAGCAAGUGAUGACAACUUGCAUAGUAGAACAAAAUAUAAAAGGAGUAAAAUUUCAAAUGUCCAAACUCUAGAACGUUUAAAGGAACAGAUCAUUCAGAAAAUUGGAGGAAAGAAAAAAGAUGAUCAUUUGUCUUUCAACUUAGCUGAUAAUUUGUCAUUUGAUGAAGAGCACAUUAGUUCUAUUGGACCACAAGAUGCAAACAGCAGUUCUAUUGGACCACAAGAUGCACGCAGCAGUUCUAUUGUACCACAAGAUGCACACAGCAGUUCUAUUAGACCACAAGAUGCACACAGCAGUUCUAUUGGACUACAAGAUGCACACAGCAGUUCUAUUGGUCCACAAGAUGCACACAGCAGUUCUAUUGGACCACAAGAUGCACACAGCAGUUCUAUUGGACCACAAGAUGCACACAGUAGUUCUAUAAGACCACAAGAUGCACACAGCAGUUCUAUUGGACCACAAGAUGCACACAGCAGUUCUGUUUCUAUUUUCCAAGAGGAGGAAUUUAAACCUGAUUGUUUUGUAAAUGAAUUUAUUAUUUGUGAACCAAUAUCUUCAAAAUUAUCAUUUGGAGAAACUGAAGAAAAUCUAUAUAAAGACAGUUACACUCAUCAUUCUCGUUCUGAAUCUGAAAACCGUACAUUCUUGUCAAUAGGCCAUCAAUUGGAUUUAGAAAAUAACCAUUUCAAUUCUAAAUUUGAAUAUCAAAACAAUGAUAAUGUAUGUUCUUGGCAUUCAGUAGACAUUCCAAAUGGAAGUUGUUGUGGUUCCAAUUGUGAAUCUAAUAAUCACAAUUACUCAGCUUCCUCUAGAUGUUACAAAUCUGGUUACUCUUUAAAGAAAUCUUGUUCUGAAUUAGAUAAUCGUAACAUUACAGCAGUGUCUUCUAAGAAUUAUUUAGACCUGGGAAAUAACAAUAUUAAAUUAGAAAAUCAGAACAUUAAAGUAGCCUCUUAUGAAGAUUUCCUUGACUUCAUAAAUGAACAGUAUGUAUCAAAAAAUCUAAACAGUUUGGGAGAAACUAGUAAGGAUUAUUUAGAAUUUAGAAAUAAAAAUACUGAAUGGAUGAAUAAAAACAUACCAGAUGUAUCUUCUUGGAAGAGUCUAGACAUUAAAAACAAUGAUUGCAAAUCUAAUAGAAGAAACAUACCAGAUGUGUCUUCUUGGAAGAAUCUAGACGUUAAAAACAAUGAUUGCAAAUCUAAGAGUGGAAACGGAACAGAUGUGUCUUCUUUGAAAAAUCUAGACGUUAAAAACAAUGAUUGCAAAUUUAAAAGUCAAAACAGGCCAGAUGUACAUGUACCUUCUGAGGAUUAUCUAGCAUGUCUAAACUUAAAAAACAAUGAUUUCAAAUCUAAAAGUCGAAACGUAACAGUUGUAUCUUCUAAGGAGAAUCAAGACUUAAAAAAUGAUGAUUACAAAUCUAAAAGUAAAAAAGGAACAGAUGUACCUUCUAAGGCGAAUCUAGACUUGAAAAACAAUGUAAAAGAAUCUGAAUGUCAAAAUGGAACAGAUAUAUCCACUAAGGAUUAUCUAGAAUUUAAAAAAAAUGAAAACAAAUCUAAAAGAGAGAAAGAAACUGAUGUAGCCCGAAUCAGUAAUCUUAAUCUAAAAGAUGAUAAUAACAAUUCCAGUUCUGCAUCAAAAAAUUGUAGCUGCAUUGUAUGUGGAAAAACCUUAAAGAAACCUUGUAAUUUGAGACUUCAUAUGAGAACACACACUGGAGAAAAACCUUAUGUUUGUGACAUCUGUGAUAAGGGUUUCUCCCAAUCCUGUGGACUUAAUACACACAAACAGUUAAAGCAUUCAAAGGACAAAUCUUACGUCUGUGAUUUGUGUGGUAAAACAUUUGCCAUCAGAAGUUAUUUGGACCUGCACUCUAGAACUCAUACCAAAGAGAAGCCAUAUCAUUGUGAAAUAUGUUUGAAAUCAUUUACACAAAGAUCCUCAUUAACAACACAUUAUAAAACACAUAAAAAAUGAACUUCAUACCUGUAAUACCUGUAUUGAGGAAUGCAAUGAUUGUUCUCAUAUUUACAUGUAUAAAUUUAUUGUUAACCUUGGAAAAGGUCAUGCAUCUUAGUUUCUCAGGACUUGAAUAGAAUCUUUUCUUUUAUUUUCCUCAAACUGAAGAAAAUGUAUAUAUUUUUUUUGCAAUAAGCUUAAGAUCUUUAAGUUACCAUCCUUAUUUUUCAAAAAUAAUCAAUUCAGAAUGCAACAAUUUUGAAUAAAUUAAAUUAGGGAAAUUGUUUUAUCUAUUAUUGAUUGUUUUAAAUGAGUCCAUAAAUCAAUUACUUUAUAACAAAUUCAUGAUGGAUUCACAUUCUCUUUUUCUUGCUACUAAAUUAAAGGGUAUGAUUACAUUGAUUUACAAUACUAAAUAGUCAAAUUAUCUCCCCCUUGAUUGAAACCUUUCUUUAGAAGUUAUCACUACUCUUAUUUGGAAAUAUUUGAGCCAAAGUUAUCUCCCUAGUAAAAAUGAUUUACUUUUCUUUUCAACAGUUGUAGUUGAUAUUUUUCUUAAAACUAUUGAUUAAAUAAGAUAAAAAUAUUGAAGCAAGUUUCCAUUGUUAGGUGACCAACAAAUAUUAUUUUUAGCAGGGUGCUUCAAAUUUUAUCAAAUGUUAUUGAAAGGACAUUACAUGUAACUGGGGUUUACAUAUUUAAUACUUUAUUACUGCAUUUAUGUCUUGAGACGAUUGGAAGCAAAGCUUUGUCAUUUAAUUUUUAUUCACUUUUAGAAGAUUUAUUAUGCCCCCUUUUUUUUUUAAAUACAAAAAAUUUUGGGGGUGGGUCAAUACACAACAGCAUAGUGUAUUUCACAAAAGCAAAAAAUUGAGAAUAAAUUCAAAUCAUAUUUGUCUUAUAGUCUGUGACUACAGUUAUUCUGUGUCAGAAACCUAUUAUGGUUACAAUCCAAAUUCAAACCUGUAUCAAGCAUGAAUAAAUAUAUUGUAUAUAGAUAUAGGAAGAUGUGGUGUGAGUGCCAAUGAGACAACUCUCCAUCCAAAUAACAAUUUUAAAAAAAAGUAAACCAUUAUAGGUCAAUGUACAGCCUUCAACACGGAGCCUUGGCUCACACAGAACAACAAGCUAUAAAGGGCUCCAAAAUUACUAGUGUAAAACCAUUCAAACGGGAAAACCAACAGUCUAAUCUAUAUAAAAAGAAACGAGAAACGAGAAACACAUAUAAAUUACAUAAACAAACUACAACUACUGUACAUCAGAUUCCUGACUUAGGACAGGUUCAAACAUGUGUCCAUUUUUGCAACAACAGUUCAGUGUUGGACCUAUAAUUAGAUGUAGUCCUAAAGUUCAACAAUGUUUUGUUAACUCAUUUGGUAGUCAAGUUUAUUUCAAAUUUGUUAUAAAAUUUACUCUUUUUUUUUAAUUGUCAAAUUAAAUUUCACACGGUUGCAUGUUGAAGUCGUGAUUUGAUAUACAUCAGCCUCAAUUCGCAUAUAUAUGUAUAGUCAGAGAUCAAAGUGGUUCACAACUUGAAAAUUCCACUAUAAAUUUAUUAAACACUUUUUUCUCUCACAAAUUCUCUCAAAUGUCAUUUCUUGUACAAAUUAAAUGAAUAAUUUUGUUAAAUACUCAAAUGUCUGCAGUUUCACAUAAUACUUGCGUUUUGCUUUGAAUUAUGAUUUUAAGGUAAUUAAUGUUUAAAGGGUCCUGCACGAAAAGCAUGU